GAUCAUGUAAUUGUGCUAGAAAAUUCCCCGGAUAUUAAAUGUAUUGCGGACGAAGGUCAGUAGCGCACAAACAGAGCAAGCUUCUGUACAGUAAGUCAUAUUUAAAUAACAGAAACUUCAGCUAGUCAAGUAUCUUUUCUGGAACUUGUAAAUUAAUAUAAAAUCAACAUGCCGAGAGGAAGCCGAAGCAGAACUUCGAGGAUGAGUCCUCCGAGUUACUCAUCCCCUCCACCGAUGGCUCGCCCCGCUCCUCCACGGUCGUACGCCCCGGCGCCCGCCGCCCCCCCGCCCUCAGCAGUGUCCGCUCCCGCCGCGGCUCCCCGCCAGCCGGGGAUGUUCGCUCAGAUGGCCACCACGGCAGCCGGCGUCGCGGUCGGCUCUGCCGUCGGACACACCAUUGGUCACGCCAUGACCGGGGGCUUCGGGGGAGGGGGCGGUAGCUCAGAGGCGGCCCGGCCUGACGUCACCUAUCAGGAGGCUCAGCCGGCGUACCAGCAGCAGCCGCCUGUGUUUCAGCAGGAGCCGCAGCAUCAGAGUCCCUGCGCUUACGAGCUCAAGCAGUUCAUCGACUGCGCUCAGAACCAGAGCGACCUCAAGCUCUGCGAGGGCUUCAGCGAAGUGCUCAAACAGUGCAAGUUCUCCUACGGAAUGUCAUGAUGUUUGGAUUGGAGACAUGCACUAUUCCACAGCCGUUCAUCUGCUUACUUCUGGAAAAAGUCUUCUCUUAAUGCAACUCAAUUAAAUAUUAGCGCCUGCGUGAAAAUUAAAAGCACCCUGGGAGAAAUGCUGUGUACCAUGUGAUGCAUAGUAUUUAUGUAACUGGUGUAGAUAAUUUCAGUUUUCAGAUUUCUUUGCACGAGUUACUGUAGAAGAGGCCACAAUGUGUAUUGAAUGAUAUUCUUUAUCAAUAUAUGUUCUUAUUGAAAAUGUUAGAUUCAAGUUAUGUGAAUUGCAAAUAAAAGGAUCAGAAAUAUUUA